GUACUUUCAUUACAGCACAAUCCGUAUUUGAUGAAAGUAGAAAACCAGUACCAAGGAAUUGCUAUAGAUAUUUUAGAUAGAUUGGCUUCUAAAUUGAACUUCACAUAUACAGUCACUUUACAAGAGGAUGGUAAAUUUGGUUAUGAACACACGCCAGGAGAAUGGAAUGGACUCAUUGGGUCAAUCCGUGACGGAAAAGCCGAUAUAGCUGCAGCCCAAUUGACAGUUACAUCCAAGAGAGCUAAAGUUAUAGAGUUCAGUCAUCCGUUUAUGAACUCCGGAUUGAAAAUCUUAUACAAACCACCAAAUCCCUGGGCUAAUGGUGAACCGCUUACAGUUCUCUUUACUCCCUUCUCUCCAGCUGUAUGGUUUAUGAUAUUACUGGUCUUUUUUGGAAUCUCAUUGUUCUUCUACGCUGUAGGAAGAUUUAGUCCAUAUGAAGAUUGUUCUUUUGUGGGAAAAGCAUCAACUUACGAAGGAUUGACACUGAUUAAUAGUUUACUGUAUACAUUUAGUUCUUUAACAUGGCAAGGUUACACUGCAGCACCAAGAUCAAUUUCCGGAAGAAUUAUGGCAACCUUUUGGUGGAUUUUUACGAUUUUGUUCAUUGGAACUUACGUAGCCAAUUUAACAGCAUUUUUCUUGACGGCUGAACCACUUGUAAGAGAUGUACCCUUUAUGACGUUUCAAGAACUAGCCAAACAGAAGAAGAUUCCCUUCGGAACAUUUAGACAUGGUUCUACUAGAGCCUAUUUUGAAAACUCAAAGAAAAUGCUUCAACAGAGGAUAUUCGCUAGAAUGAACGCAUCGGAUGAUAACUAUGUCGACGAUAUUGAGGAAGCUCUUCGAAAAGUGAGGACAGAAAAUUACGCCUUUAUUUGUGAAGAGCCAAUGGCGGAUUACUAUGCUGCUCAGCUGCCAUGUGAUCUAAUGGUAGCAGGAGAACUCGACGUCAACCGAGAUUUUAGUUUUGCUUGUAACAUUUCUGGACUCUGUACUCGUUUUGAUCACGCUAUACUGGAGAUGCGAGAGAAUGAAGAGAUCUAUGAUAUUCAACAGAAGUGGCUGAAUUCAGGCUGCCUUAAGGAUGCCAUGAAAGAAGUCUUAUUUGAAGGUCUCCCCAUGUUUGAUUCCUUUGACAAAAGUACGAACAUUGCUUACGAAAAGGCUGUGACGCUCAGAAGAUUUUCUGGAGCUUUGUUGAUUGCUUUGAUUGGGUUUAUCCUUGGUGCUAUAGCAUUGGCUGGUGAAAUUUUGUAUGCUCGUAAACGUGGAACUCCUUUGGUAAGUAAAGUUACUUCGAUUAUUAUCAAACACCAUUUUGACUGA